AUGAGCUCCACCAAGUAUCCUAGAGUGGCUCAGGGCUUUGCAAGGAGCGCAGAGGAGCACUCUGGGGUUCAUUGUAAGACCUUCGCUGUGGUGGAGUCCUUCAACCAGGUACAAAAAUCCCCCCAACUCCCAGAGGGAGAGUCUGUCCCAGAUUUUGAAGCGAAGCUACGCCCCAUCACUGCCCAACAGGGUGACAAUGCUGCAUUCAAGGCAAAUGUGACUGGGAAUCCUCAGCCCAGUGUGAGCUGGGAGCGAGCUAGUGGGUUCCCACUGUCUGUGGCAACAAAAUCUUCCCACGACAACAUUGACAAACAGCAUAUACUGAAGAUCAAAAAUCUGACCUUGGAGGAUGCCGAUGUCUACAAGUGCGCUGCCUCCAACAAGCACAGAGAUGCCGCCUUCUCCAUAUCGCUCAGUGUUACAGAAAACCCACCAAUGGACUUCAAAAAGAUGCUGAAGAAGCGGCAGGAGCACACGCAUGUUGUCUAAUACUAGCUGUGACACUCCUA